UGCCAUUCUGCAGGCAGGCAGGCAGGCAGGCACAUUGCACUGGUGUGUCAUGUCUUAUCUCUCAUCUUGGACAGUUAUAGAAACUUGGAUCUGAUCAAAGAUACUAGGCCAACCAUCCAAAUCCUGGCUGCUAAACAGAAAAAGAAGGGAGGGAGAAAAGAUAGUAGCAAGGGAGGGAACGGGGAGGGAAAUGUGUCCAGUGCUGUAAAGUGGUAAGAGGGAAGGCUGCAGAGAAGUGUGGGCUGGGUUAAAUUGAUACUUAAAAAGCUUGCUUUGGCUUUAGAGCAUUUCACUUGCAGCCUGGUUGUGAGAAUAAGAAGGGAGCAGCGACGGAGUGGAUGACACAACAGCUCCAGGGGGAAGUCUUUCUUUGGUGGAGGCUAGCCAUGGGUACUGGCAUGGACAGGUUUCUGUGGUCAGUGGUACUGUUGCUGCCAAUCUUGGUACUUUCUGAGGCUUUGCCAGAAAGCUGGAUGCCAGGGGAAUAUCAGAACACCACGGCUGAUGCUCUGAAGUUCCUCAGCGACUACAACAGCACUGCUGAGGAGGUGCUAUUCCUCAGCGUCUCCGCCAGCUGGAACUACAACACCAACAUCACCACCCACAACUCCGAGCUUCAGGUACAGGCAUCUCUUGAAGAGCAGGCCUUCUCCUCGGCGUGGGGACUGAAGGCCAAGCAGGUCUUCUCUUCUGAGCUUCUCGACUCUCUCCCUGACCCUUCAGAUAAGAUACUGAUAGAAAAGAUCCGAUUACUGGGAGUUGCCAACCUGCCCCAGAAAGAAAGAGAGGAGUAUAACACAAUUCUCAGCACUAUGGACAAUAUUUAUUCAACAGCCAAGGUGGAACCAGCGCCGAAUGUAAGCUGGAGCCUGGAACCUGAGCUCACAAAUAUCAUGGCAACCUCCAGGAGCUACAAGAGGCUGCUGUAUGUGUGGGAGGCCUGGCACAAUGAAUCAGGUGUACCUCUUAGGCAGUACUACCCCAGGUUUGUGGAGCUCAGCAACAAAGCCUCUGUUGCUGACGGGUUUGUGGACACUGGAGCUGACUGGCGCUCUUGGUAUGAAUCAGAUACCUUUGAGCAGGAUAUAGAAGCACUAUACAGGACCAUUGAACCCCUCUAUCAGAACCUGCAUGCCUUUGUGCGCCGCCAGCUCUACAACCAGUACGGUCCCAAGUACAUCAACCUUAAAGGACCCAUCCCUGCACACCUGCUAGGGAAUAUGUGGGCCCAGACUUGGAACAAUAUUUAUGAUAUGAUGAUCCCAUUUCCUGACAAACCAAAUUUGGAUGUGACUGAAGAAAUGGUCAGACAAGGCUAUAAUGCCACGCACAUGUUUCGUGUGGCGGAGGAGUUCUUCACGUCUUUGGAAUUAGAGAAGAUGCCUGAGGAGUUCUGGGAUGGAUCCAUGCUGGUGAAGCCUGAUGGUCGAGAGGUGGUGUGCCAUGCGUCUGCCUGGGACUUCUACAACCGCAAAGACUUCAGGAUUAAACAAUGCACAACAGUGACCAUGGAGCAACUCUUCACUGUACACCAUGAGAUGGGGCACGUCCAGUAUUACCUGCAGUACAAGGACCAGCCUGUGGGCUUCCGUCGCGGAGCUAACCCCGGUUUUCACGAGGCUAUUGGGGAUGUAUUGUCUCUCUCUGUUUCCACACCUAAACAUCUGCAAACCAUUAAUCUGCUGGAAACUGUGACCUCUGACCCUGAAACUGAUACCAACUACCUGUUAAAGAUGGCUCUGGAGAAGAUAGCCUUCCUUCCCUUUGGCUAUCUCAUUGACCAGUGGAGAUGGGGUGUGUUCAAUGGAAACACACCUCCAGAGCGCUACAAUGCUGACUGGUGGCACCUCCGGACAAAAUAUCAAGGCAUCUGUCCACCCACCAAGCGUACAGAGGAUCACUUUGAUCCUGGUGCAAAAUACCACAUCCCUGGAAACACGCCAUACAUCAGGUAUUUUGUUAGCUUCAUCCUGCAGUUCCAGCUUCACGAAAAACUGUGCUUGGCCGCCAAACACACGGGUCCCUUGCACACAUGUGACAUCUACCGCUCCAAAGAAGCAGGGGCUAUUUUAAAGAAAAUUCUCCAGGCUGGCUCUUCCCAACCUUGGCCUGAGGUGCUCCAGGAGGCAAUAGGGACCAAUAAGUUGGAUGCCAGUUCUCUAAUGAAAUACUUUGACCCCAUUGUUAAGUGGCUGGAGAAGCAAAACGUGAAUGAGACAUUAGGAUGGCCUGACUUUAACUGGGUCCCACCAAUCCCUGAGGGUUACCCUGAGGAUAUUGACAAGAACACAGAUGAGCUUGAUGCAAAGAAUUUUCUGGAAGAGUACAACAGCACCGCUGAGGUGGUGUGGAACGCCUACACCGAGGCCUCCUGGAAGUACAACACCGACAUCAACGAAGCCAAUAAGCAGGCGAUGCUUGAGAAGAGCCUGGAGAUGUCAGCCCACACCCUGAAGUAUGGAGAGAAGGCCCGUCAGUACGACACCACUGACUUCCAGGACGACUCGGUCAAACGCAUCAUCAAAAAACUCAGCGACAUUGAAAGGGCUGCGCUGUCCAAGGCACAACUGGAAGAGUACAACACUCUCCUAUCCAACAUGGAGACCAAGUACAGCGUGGCUGAAGUGUGCAGAGAUGAUGGGACAUGCCAUCCACUGGAUCCAGAUCUCCAGAAGAUCAUGGCAGAGUCCAGGGACUAUGACGAACUUUUGUUUGCUUGGAAAGGAUGGAGAGAUGCUUCUGGCAAAGUGCUUCGCCAGGAUUAUAAGAGAUACGUUGAACUGGCCAACACAGCUGCCAAACUCAAUGGACACUCUGACAAUGGGGCUUUCUGGCGUUCCCUGUAUGAAACCCCUACCUUUGAGGAAGACCUGGAGGUUCUGUGGAAGGAGCUGGAGCCCCUCUAUCAGAAUGUGCACGCCUAUGUCCGCAGGGCUCUGUACAAAAAGUAUGGUUCAAAGUACAUCAACCUGAAGGGACCCAUUCCUGCUCACUUGCUGGGCAACAUGUGGGCACAGACGUGGUCUGGCAUAAUGGAUUUGGCCAUGCCCUACCCGGAUGCCACGCAGGUUGACGCCACUCCUGCCAUGGUGUCACAGGGCUGGAACGCCAUCAGAAUGUUCCAGGAAUCGGACAAAUUUUUCACCUCUCUGGGUCUGCUGCCAAUGCCUAAAGAGUUCUGGGACAAAUCGAUGCUGGAGAAGCCGUCUGGUGGACGCCAGGUGGUGUGCCACGCCUCUGCGUGGGACUUCUAUAACCGAAAAGACUUCAGGAUCAAACAGUGCACUGUUGUGACAAUGGAUGACCUGAUCACAGUGCACCAUGAGAUGGGCCAUGUCCAAUACUUCCUGCAGUACAAAGACCAGCCCGUGUCCUUCCGCGAUGGAGCCAACCCCGGCUUCCAUGAGGCCAUCGGCGAUGUGCUAGCCCUGUCUGUGUCCACUCCCAAACAUCUGCAGAGCAUCGGCCUCCUGGACAAAGUGGAAACAAACCAUGAGAGCGAUAUCAACUUCCUGAUGAGCAUGGCGCUUGACAAAAUCGCCUUCCUACCUUUUGGCUACCUGAUGGAUCAGUGGAGAUGGAAGGUAUUUGACGGGCGCAUCCCAUCAACUGAGUACAACAAAGAGUGGUGGAACCUCAGAAUGAAGUACCAAGGACUGUGCCCACCUGUAAGCCGUACUGAGGAAGACUUCGACCCGGGUGCAAAGUUCCACAUCCCUGCCAACGUGCCUUAUGUGAGGUACUUCGUCAGCUUCGUCAUCCAGUUUCAGUUCCAAAAGGCUCUGUGUGAUGCUGCCAAGCACGUUGGGCCUUUACAUACCUGUGAUAUCUACAAAUCUAAAGAAGCUGGGAAGCUGUUGGGUGAUGUGAUGAAGCUGGGCUUCAGUAAGCCCUGGCCUGAGGCUAUGGCCAUGAUCACUGGCCAGCCCAAAAUGAGCGCCAAGGCUCUCAUGGAGUAUUUCCAACCUCUCAUUGAAUGGCUGGAGAAGGAGAACAAUAAGAACAACGAUGUACGCGGGUGGCCCGAGUACGACUGGAACCCUAACGUCUUGGAAAGUGAACCUAAGUCUAGUAAUGUUGACUUCCUGGGUAUGAGUGUGAAAGGUGCAUCUGCCAUAGCUGGCCAGUGGGUCCUGUUGGUCCUUGGUGUGGUCUUCUUGGUGGCCACCAUCAUGUUGGCCUACAAGUACAGGAGGUCAAAAAAGCCUGAAAAGUCUUUAUCCACGAUGGAGCUCAAGCAAAAGGACUAGUCAUCAGUGAUGGCUGAGAACCAACCUCAAUGUGAACAUUAGUAUAUUUUGUACUGUACAGUACAUCUGAUCAAAUUUGCUCUUCUUUUUGGUCUGCCUCCCUAUCUAGUCUUGUAUUUUUAUUGUAUUAACUUGAGUCAAAUUAUUGUUUGCCUACACAAAAGAACAUUACUGUUUGGUAAUGUUUUCGCAAUAUUUGAAUGUUUAGAGAUGGAAUGUUUUACAUGAAUGUUUGUAAAGUAAUUGAUUGCGUUUCUGAAUAUUUGAUUUCUUUUGUUGAAUAUGCAUUUCUAUAAUAAAUACAUUAGAUAUGUAUUCUGCCUGUGUUUAAUCAAGAUAUUAUAGAAAACACCAUUAAAAUGCAAAAGUUGUUAAAAAACUAUUUAAUUACAUUGAAACCACACAAUAAAAAAACACCACCAUGACAGAGAACAGAGUUUGUGCAUUGGUUUCAGCCCUUCUCUCUUUACUCGCAGAGUCAAUGAAGCCUCUGUAACCGCCACAGUCACAACCUGUGGGCUCUCAGGUAACACAUAAUAGAGUGGUAAUGCAACACUUAGUCCCAGUCACAGUUGCGUUCUGUGACUGUCUUCUCCUGGUCCAGUCUGUUUUCAGUGCGGCAAGUUGACCUCAAUGGGGGCCGCACUGGCUUGGAAACAAUCCAAGUGUCAGCA